CAACGGUGCGCUGUCUUAUCUUUGUAGUAACAAUGCGUAAACAAUAGCUAAAGUAAGAAUGACGCCAAAUACUGUCAAGUAGAAUAAUUAUACAAAGAUAUCAAUAAAAAUAAAAAAACAAUGUGUAAUGCAGUGUUUAGGAUAGCCAUUGUGAUGAUCGUUGUGUUCGAAAGAGGAAUCCAAGAGUCGAUGAAAGCUCAGACUGUGGUAGAAGUGGACUACUCAGAGUUGGUUGGUGAGGCGGAGAUGCAUAAGAACAAUAUACUGAAGUUUCUGAACGAGACGCGCGUGCUACAGCAUUAUAAGUUGUUGUUUAAAAACUUGCUGAAUAAACUAUUAGAAAACACCAAAUCCGGUCGAAGAGGUUCAACCCGCCGCAUCGUGUCCGGGGUGAACACGUCCAUUGCAGCCGUGCCCUGGCAAGUGUCACUGCGGGAGAAGACCUACCCUAUCUGCGGAGGCUCGGUCAUCACUGCACUGUGGUUGCUCACCGCGGCGCAUUGUCUUUUGCGGCCUAAAGCAAGUGAACUGAGCGUCCGUCUCGGCUCAUCGUGGAAGACGCACGGCGGAGAAAUGUAUGACGUCAAAGAAUCCUAUGUGCAUCCGAAGUACGUGAGGAUCACCAAAGUGAAUGACGUUGGACUGGUCAAGCUUUACUCUCCGCUCCGCUUCUCCGCGAGAAUUCUGCCGAUAAGUAUUGUGGCGAGGGAAGAGCGGCUGCCAGCGAAUCAAGCUGCUAUUGUGUCAGGAUGGGGAAAGUUAAGGGAGGGUGGACCGAGUGCAACGUUCUUGCAAUCGUCGACGAUCAAAACAAUCGCAAUGAAGCUUUGCCUCAACUCCGGCCUCGACCGGAAUCCCAUAGACCCGGCGUCUAUGUUCUGCGCUGGCUCGUUCAUUCAACCAUCGCCUGAUGCAUGUCAGGGGGACAGCGGGGGCCCGAUCGUAAGCGAGGGCGUGCUGAUCGGCGUGGUGUCGUGGGGGCUUGGCUGCGCGCGCGGCAACUUCCCCGGAGUGUACUCGCGCCUUGCGCAGCCGCUGAUCUGGGACUGGGUGCACGCGCACGUAACACGUAACAUUGAUAACAACGUUACUCAGUAACAAGCUGCCAGAAGCCGG